ACAUGGCGACGAAGUGUCAUUUAGGAUUUCCUUGCAAACAGUAAAAGGACUUGAAUCAAGAAUUAUAGCAAUGGCAUGCGAAGAUGCUGUCAUUGCGACAAAUGACGAUGCAGCCCAGUGUAAAAGAUUUGCCGUUGAGAAGGGAUACUGGACAGAUCCAUACAUAUCACAGAUUAUUCCGAAAGGAUUCAGCACUCAUGCUCCAGAAAUCAACAGGGGAUAUUUUGCUCGCGUCAGAUCAAUCCAGAUUUUAAUGGAAAAAUUCCUGAAAAGUACUCAGUGUAACUGCCAGAUCGUGAACCUGGGGGCGGGGUUCGACACGACGUACUGGAAGCUGAAGGAUGCAGCACUCUCACCAAAGAGUUUUGUGGAAGUUGACUUCCCCCCUGUUACCUCAAGAAAAUGUCAUUUCAUCAAAACAAAGAAAGCCCUUAUAGAAAAGAUAUCAUCUGAAGAUGAUGAGAUUAUGGUGAGCAAGACAGAGAUGCACGCAGCAGAUUAUCACAUAGUGGCAGCCAACCUGAAGAAUAUACCGGAGCUGGAGAAGAAGCUGGUGACAGAGUGUCACCUGGACAAGGACUUACCCACCCUGUUCCUGGCCGAGUGUGUCCUGGUGUACAUAGAGACGGAACGAUCUCAGCAACUUAUUCGCUGGAUCUCAGACACGUUCAAUACAGCAUUCUUCAUCAAUUAUGAGCAGGUGAACAUGAUGGACAGGUUUGGCCAGGUGAUGAUGGACAACCUGAAGACCCGAGACUGCUACCUCCAUGGUGUCUCAGCUUGUGCAAGUCUUGACACACAGAUGAAGAGGUUUACUUCCAAUGGAUGGACAAGUGCUGACUCCCUUGAGAUAUCCACUGUGUACAACUGUCUUCCGCAGGCCGAGAUACAGAGAAUCGAGCGUAUCGAGAUGAUGGACGAGAGGGAGCUGAUGCACCAGUUAUUCAGCCAUUACUGUCUCACCUGGGCCUACCGAGACCUGAAGGACGUGGGCCUUGCACAGAUCGGCCUCACCUGAACAACGCCACAAACUGUCUACAACCAACUCAGAGAAAACAACAAUCUCUGUAGAAUCUGAUCUUUUACUGUAACACGAUGCAUCUUGUGUGGAGAUCUCAGGUCACCUCCGUAGCAGGUUCCACAGGGUGAACUUUCUAACCAGCCAAUCAGAGGCUUCUAGAUUAUUGGUGUGAAACUGCAGCGUAUCUGGUUUGUGUAUCUCAAAAACAUUGUUCAUUGACCUGUGCCACUUGAAAAUGAAAUGUGGGUCAAGAUAUUGUUGGUGAUAUUUUUACACAUUGUAUCUGAGCACCAUGACUUCCAUACACAGAGCACCAUAAGAGAAUAUAUGUAUUCUGUGUUGGUUUUCUGUUGUUAAAAUCAAAACUUUAAAAUCAAGACGGGAAAGAAAUAAAGGGCAUUGUUUCCAAACCCUGACAUUUGACUGAGCCAUGAACACAGGUAUCAUUCAUUUAGAUUGGUCAGUCAAAGUUUGCUCAGUGUCCAUCUAAGGGGACCAUCUGUAGGGGUGAGAUAAAUGUUGAUACAGAGGUGUAUCCUGUCACAGUGAAAUAUCUGAUUCUUCUGGAAUUGAAAAAACAAAUAUGUGUUCACAACAAUACCAAACAUGUAACAAUAUUUAUUUUCAAAAUAUUUACAAUGUACAUGAUUACAUAAAAUCAUCUUACCUAGGCAAGGGAGUUAACUCCAAUAAUAGUCCAGUUCCUCCCUUGACACUAACCUGGAAUUAUGGGGUUAUAUUUUGGCUGGUGCAACAAGUCUGUGCAUAGUCCAGUCAAAAUCCUGUAAUGGAAUUGGCAUUUGGUGAUUGCUGUCGUGUUUUUUUUUAUUGCAAGAUUUUCUUAGCAUUUUUACCGUCAACUGUGCGUUGAUAGUUAUUUCCAGAUGCACUUCGACAAGGUAAACAUGUUUUAUUGCAGUCUUGAAAGGGUGUAGCCAUUUUUCUUGAAGCAAAUCCUAGCAUUAUGAGAGGUGAAAUCUGAUUGGUCAAUAAUAGAGCCAUAUAAGGGUCAUUAUUUGUACUAAGCACAAGCUACCUAUGGACUCAAAACUCCAGGCUAGUUUGGAAAGGAUAGAAAUUGGAUUUAAUGGGGAGUUAACUCCCUUGCAUUGAGAAGAUGACAUCAAACAGACAAUUUACAUUCAACACAAUUUCAGAGUAAUAAUUCCACUGUUGGUAAUACUUUGUAUAUCUUUUGAUAUAUGUGAGGAAAAAUUUGAACAAAUCAUAUCAGUUGUUGAAGGACAAUUUCUUGCCUGCCUUCCGAGCAUUAUGUUGAAACUGCCCUUAGGUUUCAGUUUAUGGCUUGUAUUUCAGUGUUGUGUGAAGUUGUUGACACAUUGCAGUGUGUGGAGUCACUUGACCUAUAGCAGUACAUUAUCAGGGGCUGGACCCUGCUCCAGGAAGGGAUCUUAGCGCUAAGUCUGUGUUACACAGUUUCAUUUCCUAUUUUUGGCACUACAGAUAUAGUAAAUAUGUGGGGCAGUGGGGGGAGAAAAGUGGUUAAAGCGUUUGCUUGUCACGCUGAAGCCCCUGGUUCGAUUCCCCACUUAGGUACGAUGUGUGAAGCCCUUCUCAUUUGGCAUAAAACCCAACUCACUCACUCAUUAAUAAAUAUUUGUCAGAUGGAGGCAAAUAAUACAGUCUUUCCACUAAGGUCACUUAAUGGAAUGGGGUCGGGGCAAAAUGGCAGCUUGUGGGAUUUUGUGUCAAUAGUUAGAUUAUAAACCAUUAAGUAUGAACCUGGAACCAAGUUAAUAGUUAUAUGCCAACUACAAUUAACACACAUGUAUCUGUACAGCAGGGAUCCAUUUUAAGAAUAAAACUUUUAUCUAAUUCCAGAUUUAUAUCAUUGAGAAUGAAAUUCUUUAUUCUGAAUGAGUCUUUAAGUUAUCAGAUCCAUUAGAAAUUCAUAAUAUUCAAUUUUCAAAAAGAGAAUUUCUAUGGAAUAUGAACUGUGACAGAUGCUACUAUAUUUGCCAUUUAAUUAGAUACAAAACUAAAAAAUACACUAAUUAUUUUUUCUCACUUGAACCAAACUAUUCUUUUGACAUGAACUUAUAGGCAUGCCUCCUCUAUGUAAGUGAAAAGAUAAUAUUAUUCAGAGCAGAUAAGUAUUCGGAAUAUUGAAUAUUUCCUGAAUAUUUUUUAUACAGAUAUAUAUUUCAACUCUUGGAAAAUAUGUAUAUGGUAAACUGAAUACUUCCAUCCAACACUGGUGAAGCUUGUCACUGAAGGUUUGUGUGUCUCAAAGUGUACUUGUGAAUACAAUGCAAACUUUCAGAAUUUCUUUAAAAGAGAUUAUUACAAAUGAUUCCAUGUUUAAAUCAUGUUUAGCAUGCUGUACUAGUCGCUCAAAAAUAAUAGCUUUGUCCAUAGAAUUCAUCCAGUGUAACUGCAUAGCCAAGCAGUUCAUGUGUUUGCCAGUCUCACCUAAGGUGUGUUCAAGUCCCAUCAUACUAUGUAGGUACCAAAUUCUGUUUGUACUAGCUGUGAUAUUGCUUGCGUAAUUGACAUAGACAUCAGUCUGUUUAUGUUUAUUGCUUUGUUUACGGAUCCACUGAUCCAGAAGAGCUGGAAUGUCAAAACAGCAACAAUAUUUCUUUUAAAGCUUUAAAUGUUUUUUUAUGACCACCAAGCAUGAUAAUCACAUUCAUGACUAAAUUUUACCAAUUGUUUUCCAGUCUGAAGGUUCCAUGACCCAUGAUUGUUGGAUGCAAUAUUAUGCAGGGUUCAAUGUGAAGAACUAAAUUCGACGCAUACCAUAUA